GGUCAGAGUUCGGCAGGGGUCAGAGUUCGGCAGGGUUCCGGGAGGCGAGGGUCCGGCGCCUGUAUCCCGCCGCGCAUGGGCGUCCCCGGCCUGUGGGCCGCGCUGCUGAGAGCCUGGGGACAGUGGACCGCGCGCCUCGGCCCGCGCGCCCCCGGCUGGCUCCCCAUGGCAGGGAACGAGGUGCCCCCAGCGCUGGCCUCAGUCCAGCAGAACAGGAAGGCCCGCGGUGGCUGGGUCUGGCAGGAGACGCAGCAUCCGCCCAAGAGGCUGAAGGGCAGUGAGGAUGAGGAACCACCGCGGAAGCCGCCCAAACGCAAGAUCGUGCUGCUCUUGGCCUACGCGGGGAAGGGCUACCACGGCAUGCAGAGGAAUGUGGGGUCCUCACAGUUCAAGACCAUAGAGGAUGACCUUGUGUCUGCCCUGGUCCAGGCAGGCUGUAUUCCUGAAAAUCAUGGCACAGACAUGAGGAAGAUGUCCUUCCAGCGAUGUGCCCGCACAGACAAGGGUGUGUCUGCAGCUGGCCAGGUAGUGUCCCUGAAGGUGUGGCUGAUCGAUGACAUUCUGGACAAGAUCAACAGCCACCUUCCAUCCCACAUUCGGAUUCUUGGACUGAAGAGGGUCACGGGUGGGUUCAACUCCAAGAACAAGUGUGAUGCUAGGACCUACUUCUACAUGCUGCCCACCUUUGCCUUUGCCCACAAGGACCGGGAUGUGCAGGAUGAGUCCUACCGCCUGAGCCCCGAGACCCUGCAGCAGGUCAACAGACUCCUGGCCUGCUACAAGGGCACCCACAACUUCCACAACUUCACCUCGCAGAAGGGGCCCUGGGAGCCCAGCGCACGGCGCUACAUCCUGGAGAUGUACUGUGAGGAGCCCUUUGUGCGGGAGGGCCUGGAGUUUGCAGUGAUCAAGGUGAAGGGCCAGAGCUUCAUGAUGCACCAGAUCCGGAAGAUGGUCGGUCUAGUGGUGGCCAUCGUGAAGGGCUAUGCCCCCGAGAGUGUGCUGGAGCGCAGCUGGGGGGAGGAGAAGGUGGACGUGCCCAAGGCACCUGGGCUUGGCUUGGUCCUGGAGAGGGUGCACUUUGAGAAGUACAACCAGCGCUUCGGCAGUGACGGGCUGCACGAGCCUCUGGACUGGACACAGGAGGAGGGGAAGGUGACGGCCUUCAAAGAGCAGCACAUCUACCCCACCAUAGUCAGCACUGAGCGGGAUGAGAGGUCCAUGGCCCAGUGGCUUAGCACCCUGCCUGUCCAUGACUUCGGUGCCACAGCACUUGCGGCAGCCAGCACAGGCGCCAAGGUUCCCAGUUCUCUGGAGGGCAGUGAAGGGGACGGAGAUACCGACUGAGGCCACAGGAGCUUCCACUGCCAUGGGCUGUCCAGAGGCCGGGAUCUCUGUGCCGUGCCUGUCACCAGGACACUGGAGCUAAGAAUUCUGGGGCCUGCCUGCUGGAUGUGGCCUCACUCCAUAACCUCAGGAUCUUGAAAUUUCAUCCCUGCCUCAGUCUCAUUUCAGCUCAUGCUUUAUGUGUACACACCUUGGCAUAG